AUGUUCACCGCUGUGCGUGCCACUCUUCGCCCCAAUGCUGUUGCUAGCAAGCGAUGCUUCUCGAGUCUGUCUGUACAGUUGAAGCAGGCCGGUGGUGGCAAGAUCAUGACACCUAAGGCCGCUAUCGCCGACAUCCCAGUCGGUGCCAAGGUCAUGGUGGGUGGUUUUGGUCUCUGUGGUGUGCCUCGCACACUGCUGGACGAGGUCGUUAAGCGCCCUGAACUCAAAGACCUUGAUGUGUACUCGAACAACCUCGGUACGCCUGGCCGUGGUGUCGGUCUCCUGGCUCGCGAGGGCCGAGUUCGCUCUAUUACGGGCUCGUUCCUCGGUGGCAACCGCGAGUUCGGUGACCAGUUUUUCAGGGGCGAGGUGCAGCUCAAUCUCUGCCCACAGGGCACAUUUGCUGAGCGCAUCCGCGCUGGUGCGGCUGGUAUCCCUGCCUUCUACACGCCCACUGGUUACGGCACGGCCGUCCACAAGGGUGAGCUCGUACUCAAGUACGAAAAGAAGGAUGGCGAGGAGGCGAAGCCCGUGCUCAUUUCCAAGCCGCGUGAGUCGCGCCGCUUUGGCAACCGCGACUUUAUUCUCGAGGAAGCCAUCUACGGUGACUAUGCUUUGAUUCACGCUCGCAAGGCCGACGAGGCUGGCAACCUCAUCUUCCACUCCACGGCGCGUAACUUCAAUGACCCUAUGGCACGCAACGCGCGUGUUACCAUUGCUGAGGUGGAAGAGAUUGUGCCGGUUGGCUCGAUUUCCUCGGACGAAGUGCAUCUGCCAUCCAUCUUUGUGGACCGCAUCGUCAAGGCGGAGCUGCCUCUGGAGGUGGAGAAGGUGUGUCUCUCGAAGCCGGAGGGCGACGCCACAGAGCUCACGAAGCGCGACAUCAUUGCUAAGCGUGCUGCGGCUGAGCUAAGCGAUGGUAUGUAUGUGAACCUCGGUGUCGGUAUGCCCAACUUGGUGCCCUCCUACCUCUCCAAGGACGUGGAUGUGUAUGUGCAUACUGAAAACGGUCUGCUUGGUGUGGGCCCGUACCCUUCGAAGGAAGAGGAUGUGCACACGGACAUCAUCAACGCUGGCAAGGAAUCGAUCACCGAGCGCCCUGACGCUGCUGCGUUCGAUGCUGUCGCCAGUUUCGACAUCGUGCGUGGCGGUCACCUCGAUGUGACGAUGCUUGGUGCCCUCCAGGUCACGGCGAACGGUGACCUGGCCAACUACAUGAUCCCAGGCAAGUUCGCGACGGGUAUGGGUGGUGCCAUGGACCUCGUGUCGAACCCUGACAAUACGCGUGUGAUUGUGCUGACGGAGCACGUCGACAAGACGGGCAAGCCCAAGGUGGUGCAGAACACGGAACUCCCCUUGACAGGUGUGCGCUGUGUGAGCACGAUCAUCACAGACCUGGCUGUGUUCAACGUGGACCGUGAGAAGGGCGGUCUCACGCUCGUUGAGCUCCAGCCCGGUGUAACGCUCGAGGAGGUCAAGGCUAAGACGGGCGCCGAUUUCAAGGUGGCGCUUUAA